GUUCUCGCCUUUUCUCCGGUACAAGUCACUGGCCACUUGGUUCUUCUCGCUUUGAUUGUGCUUCUCACCUUCGAUUUGGAGGUUCGGUUCUAGCUUUAAUUGCGGCUCUAGUCAGCCUUCGCCUCGCCCCGCCCUUAUAUGGCCGUAGGAUCAGCUGUAGCUGCACACGGCAUGCUCUGCCCUGCAACGGCAACCUCGCCGUCCGGCGCACGUGCACCCUGCCGCCGGCAACGGUGAUCCGCUCUCUCGCCGUCUGAUCGCCCGGAGGUCGGGAGCUGCUCUGCUGCAGUUGCUGCCGAUCGUCCACCACAACAGCGCUCAGGAUGCCUCCUCAUGUGUCUUCCUUCGAGAAGGGCUGCUCCGGCGACCGGCAGAGGCACGAGGCAGGUCUUGGACGGGAGCUGCUGCGAGGCCCGGGGCAGCGGUCGGCGUCGUUCCACGGGCGCGGUCCGGAGCAGCGGCACCAGCUGCCCAAGCAGAGGCCCAAGACGCAGCCGGACCUGCUCGCCGGCAUGAGGGGCAGGAGCUUCCGCGCCGCGGACACCGUGCCGGAGCCGGCCGCGGCGGCGGCGGCCCGGAAGACGCCGAGCAAGGUGCUGGUGAGCGUGGCCGUGCUGCGGAGCAUGUGGCCGCUGCACGUGAUGGCGCCGGCGGAGUGGAGCGUGGCGGACCUCGUGGCCGCCGCCGUUCGGCUCUACGUCAAGGAAGGCAGGCGGCCCCUGCUGCCGUCGGCCGACCCGGCGGUCUUCGGCCUGCACUACUCCCAGUUCUGCUUGGAGAGUCUGGACCCAAGGGAGAAGGUGAUGGAGCUAGGGUCCCGGAGCUUCUUCCUGUGCCCCAGGUCUUCGUCGGAAAGUGCCAUCGCCGCCUCAUCUUCUUCUUGCUCGUCCGCCGGAGCAAGCAGGGCCGGCGGCGACAUCCAGACCCCAACGGCAGCAGGCGAGCCACCAGCUUGGCUGCGUUACAUGCCAUUCUGGCCAACCAUGUAGCAAGCUGCCAUUGCCCACCUUCGUCCAUUUCUCGGAGUGGUCUGGCACGUCGAGAGCUUCAGAGGAUAAGACCGUUGGCGUGUUGGUACUCGGGUAAUCUCAUUGUUUAGGCGUGAACACCUGAUCCGCUCGGGCACGCCAGAUCUAGAUACUUUAAAAUGGCUGGGUGAUUAGGAUAGUUCGUUCCAAGACUGUGUCCAGGAAGUUGAAGAUUGCUUCGGGCAACAGAUAGCUUGUGUAUACUAUUGAAUUUUGUAGUA